AUGCAUAGAACAUUCUACACGCUGAGGAUAGCAAACAUAACAUGCGGCUCAUGUGUUCCUAAAAUACAAAAGUGCUUGAAAAACUUUGAAUAUGUGAACAAUGUAAAGAUCAACAUCUUUACGAAAGAGGUUCAGUUAGAGAUGCACACCGUGGCUGAUAGCACAAAGAUUGAGCACAUAAAACGUGUCUUGAGCGAAAACGGAUUCACGAUCUCGGAUGAUCAGAAAUAUUGGAGAAACAUGUUCUACGCUCUCAUACUUCUUUACAUAAUACAAAUCGUGAUGCACAGAACAAUGAACAUAUUCUGGAUGGAUCUGGUGCUCUCUACCGUUAUACAGGUUUUAUGUUCCCGCAGGAUCUUUAGAGGAUCGAUGGCAUUUACCGACACAAUCAUUCUUGGUUCUCAUGCAUCAUUCAUUCUUGGCUGCCUCUACGAUGCGCAGAGUCUGCAAAUUUCCUCUUUAAUUCUCGUGAUGGUGGUAUUGGGCAAGUUUAUCCUGGAAAUCAUAGGUAAUAAGGCCAGUGAAUUCCUUAGAACUGGUUUAACGGAAUACUACGUAUAUAACAAUGAAAACAUAAAUUAUGAGGAGAUAAAAGAUGGAUACAUGAUUGUGAUAGAACAAGAAAAGCAUAUUCUGUUUGACGGAAUUGUCGUGGAGGGGUCAUCAUACGUCGAUGAAAGUAACCUGACAGGUGAGAUGAAACUGAAAGAGAAGAAGAAAAACGAUUUCAUAUACUCAGGUACGUACAACAAGGCCGGGUGUGUAACGGUACUGGUUCAUAAAGUGGGAAAAGAGACAUAUUUAGGAAGGAUACUCAGACAGAUCGAUCAUUCUCCUGCUGACCACACCAGUGAUAUAAGAAGUCUCUUUUAUUUCAUUAUUUUCAUCACUAUUUGCUCAUUUUUGAUGUGUUUGAUCAAUUCAUCACUCACACAAGCAGUCAAAACAAGUCUUUCACUGCUUAUAAUAGCGUGUCCGUGUGCUCUUAACAUAUCAGAACCACUCACAGUUCUUGUAGGCACCAAGAAACUGUUCGAUAACAGUGUUGUUAUAAGGGACUUAACUGUUUUUGAUAGUUUGGGUGACCUUAAUGUCCUAUUCAUCGACAAGACAGGAACACUAACGGAUGGUACCUUCCGUGUGAAAGAUUUUAUACCUAUCCUAUCGCUUGAUAUAGGCGUCAUAAAAGCGCUCAUUCAUACAUUGGAAAAAAUGAGCUACCAUCCUGUCGCUAGUGCCCUGGUAGAGUAUUGUACAUCACCUGUCAUUGGAGAGGUGUUAAACUACGAAGUUGUUAGAAGUGGUGUUAGGGGACGGGUACUGUACAAAAAUGCCCAAUACGAUGUGCAAAUAGGAAAUGAUGGAAUGUUGACGGAGAACAAUAGGAAUAACCUGCACUUCGUGGCCAAUAUAUCGAUAGAGAAUAGCGAUAACACCAGCAAUACGUUCAAAUAUUACAUCGCAAACGAUGAUGUAAUCGAUAUUUAUGUGGUUAUCAAUGGUGAGCUGGCAUGCAUCUUUUAUUUAGAGGAUAAAAUAAUCAACGGUGCAAAGAGUGCCUUAAAACUGUUGAACGAGCAAAACAUCACCACCAUAAUGCUGACCGGUGAUUCAUACACGAAUGCCAAGAGAGUGGCACACCGACUAAACAUAAACAAAGUGUAUGCCAGCAAAACAGCAGUACAAAAAUCUAAGAUCAUACAAAAUUAUAGAAAGGGACACGUGGUCGGCAUGAUAGGUGAUGGUAUAAACGAUUACUGUGCUAUUGCACAAUCCAACAUAGGAAUUAGCAUAGGAAACGUCUUCUCUGAGAUCGGACAUGUUUCACUUCUGUGUAAAGAUUUACACCUGCUUUACAUACUAUUGGUGAUCGGAAAACGUAUAAGAAGAAGGAUUAUUAUCAACUUUACGCUUUCUAUCGUUUACAACGCAGCUGCACUGUUUGUGGGUGUGUUUGGCAGUUAUUAUGGUUUGUUCAUAACACCGAGUAUUUCUUGCAUGUGCAUGUUCUUGUCCUCACUAACAGUUAUAAUAUCAGCACUUAUGUUCAGAUGA